AUGGGAAAUGCUUUCCUGAUUGGACCCAAGCCAAAAGCUGAAAAUUUCUUCUUAACAUUCCUGAUACAGCUGAGAUUUAUGCGACAGUGUUAUCGAGAAAAUCCAUUCAAGUUUAUUAUUACUUUAAACCACGCCGGAACAUUGGUGUUAGCUACGGGAAGCUCGAGUAAAGCAGAUUCAACCACCAUUAAAAAAACAGGAAAUGUUGAUACACCGAGAAGAAGGUUUGUUUUGUUUUUGAGACAGAAGAUAAAUAAACAAACUAUUGGGGCACCGAUGGGAUGCAAGCUUGAUAAAAAGAGGCGAGAUGUUGAUUUAUCAAAGAGAGAAGACAAUAAAAGUCAAGAGAAAGCAGUAAAUGUGAAAAGUGAUGAAGUAAUAAAGAGUAGAGUUCAAAUUUAUUCUUACAAUGGAUGGAAAUUUGAAGAAUCACACAUUGACUUUACUGGUCAUGCUUUUGGUGCUGGUGUUGUUAGAUUGCGAGCUUUUGAUCACAUCAUAAAUGAAACAACAACUAUUGUGAUCGCUAAUCAAGAUUCAUUUGAUGAGACUUGGAAUGUUUAUACGGCCCUUUAUGAAACGGCAAAUGACUCAACAAAGCUUCACGAAAGCAUUUCGAAAUGGUGCGUUAAUGCGCAAGAACGACUAUACAGCUUUAAUGUUGAUGACACAAAUAAUGUUCUUAAUUCAGUUCUUUCAAUUCAAUAA